AUGCAAGCCGUCGUUUUCAAGGGCCCUUUGGAGGUCGCCCUGGAGUCCCGCCCCGUUCCCCAGAUCGAGUCAACCGACGCUCUAGUGGCCGUUCGCUAUACUGCGCUCUGCGGAAGCGAGUUGCACGUCUUUCGCGGCCACCAGAAAUCCGCGACAGGCUUCAUAAUGGGUCAUGAGUUCACCGGCGAGAUCAUCCAAGUCGGCGCCGAUGUCCAGAAGUUCAAAAAGGGCGAUCGCGUCGUUUCGCCCUUCACCAUCAGCUGUGGCGAAUGCUUCUACUGCAAGCGUGGGUUCUCGUCACGGUGCGCCAAGGGUAGACUCUUCGGAAGUGUGGCGUUGGAUGGAGCUCAGGCGGACUACGUGCGGGUUCCCCUGGCCGACGCGACCCUGGUGGCUGCCCCGGAAUCCAUCGACGAGAAGAAACUGAUAAUGAUGGCCGAUAUCUUUCCGACGGGAUACUUCGCCGCGAAGAACGCUUUUCAGGCCCUGAGCGAGUCGGAUAUACGCGAAAGCACCGUGCUGCUGUUCGGCUGCGGACCGGUAGGCAUCUGUGCACUGAUCAGUGCCCUGGAAUGGAAGCCGAAGCAUCUCAUCGCCAUUGACAGCGUCCCGUCUCGGUUGGAGCUGGCUGAGCGCCUCGGGGCCGAGCCGUGGAACUUCCAGAGGCAUGCUGAUGGACUUCGACGGCGCGUCAUGGACCUGACGGAGGGACGGGGAGCGGAUGUGGCUAUUGAGGUGGUGGGUUUGAGUGCGGCGCUGAGGUCGUCGUUCGAUCUACUUCGCCCGUGGGGUACCAUUUCGAGCGUGGGAGUGCAUAACGAUUCGAUUCCGUGGACGGGGAAUGAGGCGUAUGGCAAGAACCUGAAGCUGCAAAUGGGCCGAUGCCCGGUUAGAAGCAUCUUUGAGGAAGCGUUGCAGCUCUUGGUCAGAAAGCAAGAUGCUCUCGACUGGGCUUCAUUCGACAUCCGUCCGCUCUCUCAGGCCGUACAAGGGUACCACGAUUUCAACCAAAUGAAGUCUCAAAAGAUCAUCUUCGAGGCGGGGAAAUAA